GGAGCCACACUGAAGAGGAGAGCCUCUACGUCACAAUCCGGAAACGAAACUUAAGUUGGUCAGAGUGGCAGAAACACUGCAGUCGAGACAAGUCUCUGCUUUUCUCUCAGAGACAAUUCAAAGUGACGUCAUCAGGUGUUUGUCAACAACACAACGGAGUCUCUUCCAAACACUGAUAUGGCUGCUGCACACUUUCUGCCAUCUGAAGAUCAGUUUCUGUGCUCCGUCUGUCUGGAUGUGUUCACUGAUCCAGUCAGCACGUCAUGUGGACACAACUUCUGCAAGAAGUGCAUCAAUGAUUACUGGAAUACCAACAACCAGAACAUGUGUCCAAUGUGUAAAACGGUUUUCACCUCAAGACCUGAGCUGCUCGUCAACACCUUCAUCUCUGAGAUGGUUUCUCAGUUCAGACAGUCGGCUCAACAGAGAGCCCGGUGCUCAAGGGAAAAGGUUGCCAAAACAGGAGAAGUUCCCUGUGACGUCUGCACUGGAACCAAACUGAAGGCCCUGAAGUCCUGCCUGGUGUGUCUGGUCUCCUACUGUGAGACUCACCUGGAGCCUCAUCUGACAGCUUCACGCCUGAAGAGACAUCAGCUGAUGGACCCUGUGGAGAACCUGGAAGGCAGGAUGUGUACGAAGCACGAUAAACCUCUGGAGCUGUUCUGUAGGAACGACCAGACGUGUGUCUGCAUGCUCUGCACUGUAUUAGACCACAAGAUGCACAAUGUUGUUCCUCUGGGAGACGAAUAUGAAGGAAAGUUAGCCGAGCUGGGGAAGACAGAGGCUGAACUUCAGCAGAUGAUCCAGAAGAGACAACUGAAAAUUCAGGAGAUCAGUCACUCAGUCAACCUCAGUGAGGAAGAUGCAAACAGAGAGAUAGUAAAAUGUUUUAAGGUCUUCACUGAUCUGAAGCAGUCUGUUGAGAGAGGCCAGGCCAAUCUUCUCAACACAAUCAGAGCAAAGCAAAAAAAUAAAGAAAAACAGGCGCAAGUGUUCAUCAGAGAGCUGGAACAGGACAUUUUUAAGCUGUUGAAGAGAAGCACUGAAGUGGAGCAUCUUUCACGCUAUGAAGACCACCUCCACCUCCUCCAGAGUGUCCAGGCCCUAAACAUCCACCAUCCACCACCCACCAAGGACUGGUCUGAGGUCAGUGUUCCUCCAGCAUCAUAUGAGGGGACUGUGAGGAGAGCUGUGUCUCAGCUGGAGGAGACUCUCAGUAAAAAGAUAAAAACGCUGGUUGAAGUUGAGCUGAAGAGGGUCCAGAAGUUUGCAGUGGAUGUGACUCUUGAUCCUAAAACAGCUCAUCCUCAACUCAUCUUGUCUGAUGACGGUCUUGGUGAUGUGAAGAAGAAUCUCCCAAACAACCCAGAGAGAUUUUCUGAUUGCGUUUGUGUUUUAGGAAAGCAGAGCUUCUUCUCAGGGAAAUCUUACUUCGAGGUUCAUGUUAAAGGAAAGACUGACUGGGAUUUUGGAGUGAUCAGAGAGUCGAUGAACAGGAAGGGAAACAUCACACUGAGACCUCAGAAUGGUAUCUGGACUAUACAGCUGAGAAAUGGAAAUGAAUACAAAGCCUCUGCUGGUCCUUCAGUUGUUCUCUCCCUGAAGUCUGGUCCUCAGAAGGUGGGGGUGUUUGUGGACUAUGAGGAGGGUCUGGUCUCCUUCUAUGACAUAGAAGCUGCAGCUCUCAUCUACUCGUUUACUGGCUGCUCCUUCAAGGAGAAACUCCUCCCAUACUUCAGUCCCUGUAAUAAUCAUGGUGGUAAAAACGCUGCGCCUGCAAAAAUCUCACCUGUCAAAUUAAACUAAAAUCACAUUUCUCAUUUCAUUAUCGUUGUAUUUUCAAUCAAGGGAACACAUGUACAUGUAUUCAGUGGGAUCACUGCAUGACGUACGUCACAUCGUCUACAGAAUCUGUUGCCUGUGUUUAUUUAGUGUGAAAACUUUGUAUUAUUAUUUGUACAUUUUUUUAUUUAACUUCAAAAUAAAGGCUACAAAAUGUUCUUUCUA